UAUCUUACUACAAUGACUUGAUCAAUGCCAUCUAUAUUGAAUUAUUUUUGCUGUCUAUCACCAAAGUAAAUAAUACACAUCAUGUUGCUUUCUGGUAUCCAGGCAGUAGUUCUGAGCUGAUGCAGAAACAAAUGAAAGUAGAUACUAUCCCUGGGAGACAAUGUAUGGCUUCUUGCUUCUUUCUGCUCAGACAGUUUGAUGAUGUCUUAAUAUAUCUCAACUCAGUGAAGAGUUAUUUCUACAAUGAUGACACUUUUAACUUUAACUAUGCACAAGCCAAAGCUGCUACUGGCAAUACUAGUGAGGCUGAGGAGGUGUUCCUCUUGAUUCAAAGUGAGAAAAUAAAGAAUGAUUUUGUUUACCUCAGUUGGCUAGCUCGCUGCUAUAUUAUGAACAAGAAGCCAAGAUUAGCCUGGGAACUCUACCUAAAGAUGGAAACUUCAGGAGAGUCCUUUAGCCUUCUUCAGCUAAUUGCAAACGACUGCUACAAAAUGGGCCAGUUUUAUUAUUCUGCUAAAGCUUUUGAUGUCCUUGAAAGACUGGAUCCUAACCCUGAAUAUUGGGAAGGCAAAAGAGGUGCCUGUGUUGGUAUCUUCCAGAUGAUAGUAGCUGGCAGAGAACCUAAGGAUACUCUAAGGGAGGUACUGCAUCUCCUGAGAAGUACGGGUAACCCCCAGGUAGAGUACAUUGUCCGUAUAAUAAAGAAGUGGGCCAAGGAGAACAGAGUCCCUGUUUAAACAUUGCGAUCAAGAGAAUGGAAGUCUGCCAUCUAUAUUGUGCCUAGCUGGGAUACUGUGUCAUUUUCUAGCAUAGCAGAGGAUAUAAAAAUGCAAGAUAUUCAAAUCUGUUUAUUUUUACAUAUAUUUAAAUGAAAAACAAUCUUUUCAUGAAAAGUAUGCAAAUGUCAUAUAUUGUGAGGAGAAUCUCAUUGUGACUUCAUUAUACACCUUCCAAAUUCUAUUUUACUUUAUGCUACAAUUACUGAUUUUCAUUUGUUCAUACUAACUUUAAUCUUCAAGAUGUUUUAAUUGUGCGACAAUCAGUACAUUUUUUGAGACAGUUCAAGAACUGGUCAAAAUACAGAUUUCCCCAGUUCCUGUUUUGAAGCAGCAUAGAAAAAGAACUCUAGAAUUAGAUUUCAGAUUUUAUUUUAAAAAAACGUUCAUCAUAAAGUAUCUGAAGCUAAACACUUAAAAUGGAACAUAAGAAGAAAACGAAGACCUGAUUAGAUGAUUUUCAUUGGUAUGAUCUAAUGCACAUAGGAAGUAGAAAUACUGUAAAUAAAUAAAUAGAGAACAAUCCACUUUUAUUUGCAUCAAAUAUUACUGUUCAUUUCAUCUGUUUCUACAUUUUUCUUUCUGAUUAAAUUAUGACCGCAAGCUUC